UCGUUAUAGUUACGUCCCAAUAGUGCCGAGUCGUAACCAGUUUUCCUUAUUGUUCAAUUAAAAUAAAUUAAAUAUCAAUAACCUCUAACCAGAGCCGUCACCACACUAAUAAACUAGAAUAUUCUCUUUGAAAAAUUUCCUUGUUCCUUUAUAUUUAACUACAAAAUGAGUGACCUAUUUGUUAGCCGCGAACAUAUAUUGCAGGGGGGCUAUUUCCAUUCCACACUGCGUAAACUUCAGGAGCCGGACACCAGUAUUGAGCCUCACAAUAUUAUGUACCCAGUUUUCCUACUGGAAAAUGUUGAUGCUAUCCAGCCUGUGGCCAGCCUGCCAAAUGUGAACCGGUACGGUCUGAACCAGCUUAUUCCAGCGCUCACUGACCUGGUGGAGAAGGGGCUCAAGUCUAUACUUAUAUUUGGCAUUGUUGAGACUCUGCCUAAGGACCCUACGGGCUCCAGUGCGGACUCCCCAUUCAACCCAGUUGUCAAGGCUCUCCCCAUCCUGAGGGCUACGUUCCCGUCUCUGCUCAUAGCUACGGACGUGUGCCUCUGCCCGUACACUUCUCAUGGCCACUGUGGGGUAUUGACUGAGACUGGUGCCAUUGACCACGCAGCGAGCGUUAAGAGAAUAGCCGAAGUCGCCCUGAUCUACGCUAAAGCAGGCGCUCACGUGGUCGCACCAUCGGACAUGAUGGACAAUAGAAUAAAGGCCAUCAAGGACGCUCUCAUUGCCUCCAAAUUGGACAACCAGGUUUCUGUUCUAUCGUACUCGUGCAAGUUCGCGUCGUGCAUGUACGGUCCGUUCCGCGACACGAUGAAGAGCUCCCCGAUGGAGGGCGACCGGAAGUGCUAUCAGCUGCCUCCGGGGAGCGCCGGGCUCGCCGCUAGGGCUGCGGCUCGGGACGUGGCUGAGGGCGCAGACUUUCUGAUGGUAAAACCUGGCCUGCCGUACCUCGACAUCGUUCGGCAGACCAAGAACCAGUUUCCUACCCAUCCGCUGUUCAUCUACCAGGUGUCCGGUGAAUACGCGAUGAUAUGCAAGAGCGGGGACAGCAGCGAGAUCCAGAACACCUUGAUGGAAACCUUGACCUGCAUGAGGCGAGCAGGUGCCGACUGCAUUAUAACCUACUUCGCUCCACUGGUGCUCAGCAUAAUAAACAAAAAGUGAUAUGUGUUAUACAACAUUUUAUAUAUAGCUGAAAAGCAAAAAUAAUAGACUAAGACAGAAAUGCUACAGACGAAAGAGAAUUUGAAAUAGAGGUGGAUUGUCAAAGAAAACUUUGUAGCCACAGUAAAUUUACAGCCAUCUUUCAACACAUGAUUAAAACUUUUAGAACGCCAUUUGACUUUGAUCCUUACUAUUUAACUGAUUUUUUCAUAUUCAACAUAUAGGGAGCGUGCAUGAACUGUAGGAGGCAGCAGAGGAGCCGUCAGAUUUUUGGCGCGAGGCGUAAAUGUGAUGUUUUUUGUUCCGAUGUAGCCCACAAGAUGGCAGAACCUACUAUGCACAAGAAAACACGUGACGUGUACAUGUACAUGUUUAUGGUUCCGCUUCAGGCCACAAGAUGGCAGACCCUCCAACGCGCACGGUCCCUAUAUCAGUGAAAGAAUAAGUAUCAAAGUUAAAUGGCGUUCUAAAAGUUUUAAUCAUGUGUCGAAAGAUGGCAGUAAAUUUACUGUGGCUACAAAGUUUUCUUUGACAAUCCACGUCUAUUUCAAAUUCUGUUUGCUAUUGACACAUAGUUCGUUCGCGUUAAGAAUGCUGUGAAUCCAUUAUUGCCCGCCGGCAACGCCCCCUAACCAAUCAAAUCGUUCCUAAUACAAAGUAAAGUUUACAGUAACCACUUGAAGGCAUACUUUCGAACGCAACGGUUGUGUCCUGUCCUUUGUGUGUUAAUGUAUGUAUGUCAUUUUAUUGCACAUAAACAGGUUAACAUAAAACAGACAAAAUAAACAAAAAAAAUACCAAAAGGCGAACUUAUCCUUAAAAGGGAUCUCUUCCAGCUAGGUUUGCCAUCCGUCCGGGUUUCCCCAGAUUUGUCUUAGUUAAGCCUUGUCCGGGGGGAGGGCUUCCUAUGUAGUCCGGGUUUAAAAAUUUAAAGUCUUAGGCCGCCAGCGACAGUCGCACAACCUGUUUAACCCUUUACCAGGCCCCGAAGAACCAGCGUGUCUUAAUACGUACUUUAUAUGCUGUUGCAACCGUAUUGAACGCCUUGUAAAAAAUGUAUUUAUGAACGUCGGAGAUCUUCCUUUAAACCAGAAAUAAAAAUGUGGGUUACGGUUAUCCCAUCGCCUGUCUAAGUAAUGAACUGUCAUACUAGAUUUUGUCUUAUUAUAUUCUUGAUCAGGCCAAGGGAUAUAUUCCACCCUCAUCUUAUAUCGGUUAUAAUAGUCAAGGUUUAACUCCAAAUCUCCUACGAAACAUUAUAUCAAUCACUGAAAAAAAAUCACUUACUUACGUGAGUUUUUAUGACAUGACAAGACAAUUUACCGGGCCAUGGGAAAUAUAGCUCCCACACAGUUAAACUCUAAUAAGGCCAUGGGAUAAUGUCAACCCACAUCCUAAUUCUGGUCAUACACAAUAAUGCAUGAAUAUUUAGCAAUGUUUCCGAUUACAUUAGCUUUCAACACUCAAAAUCUACAAAAUAUCAAAAAAUUGUUCGACCUAUGUACUUCUGUUUCAUAGAAAUUAUGAAAAGUGUUCGAAUUUCUCCGUAGUUUACUGAAAUUAGCGUUCAAGUGAAUUUAAACGGCUGCCAAAGAUAUAUUACGCAAUUUAGAAGCGUGUUGUGAAUGAAGAUCAUAAAAUAAUAUUUUCAGGGAUUGACAAAAUAUUUUGUAGGUGGUUUGGAGUUAAAACCUGACUACGGUAACCGAUAUAAGAUGUGGGUGAAAUAUAUCCCUUGGCCUGGUAAAGGGUUAAAAAAAUCAGUUUACAUGUCCGGGUUCUGGACUCUAAAAUCCGGGGUUUUCACGCGUCUUGUCCUGGUUUCCAAAUUUUAGAGAUGGCAACCUCCAGCUCCAGUUACUUCCAGCUAACCUUUGAGAAAAUGCGGAAGGAUCAAACACUAACAGUUCAAUAGUUAAUUGUUUUUUUAAUACUGCGUCGGUGGCAAACAAGCAUACGGCCCGCCUGAUGAUAAUCAGUCUCCGUAGCCUAUGGAUGCCUGCAACUUCAGAGGUGUUACUUGCGCGUUGCGGACCCUAACACUCCGCACCCUAGUUGAGCUCUGGCAACCUUACUCACCGGCAGGAACACAACACUAUGAGUAGGGUCUAGUGUUAUAUGGCUGCGAUUUUCUGUAAGGUGGAGGUACUUCCCCAGUUGGGCUCUGCUCUAGAUCUGAAAUGACAUCCGCUGUGCUGUGCCCUACCACACAGAGCGAGAUGACAUUCACAAUGCCCAUACCUUUUGGUAGUUUACUCGGGUCCAAAUGCUGUUAAUGAUGUUUAACUGCAUUCGAGCGAACGAACUAUAAGCGCUUGACAACUAGUUGCCUCAAAUCUCAUAAUGUACGGGACCGUACAGUCUAGCCAGCAUGCCAAUCGUUUACGCUCCGUAGCGAACGAAACGCCACUGUCACUGUCGCACUAAUAAGGAAGAGUCAUGAGGAUGACUACGCGAAGCUACGGAGCAUUAACGAUUGGCAUGUUCGCUACGCAGGCAGGGCCGUACACUAGGUACACGGCCAUCCGGUAAAGUUGUGAAAUGUGCGCAAGUAAUUUUGCACUUAAGGGGCCGACUGAUUAACAGUCCGUCGGACGGUAUCGGCCUGUCAGUUGUUGAGAACUGUCAACUUUUUUAGGGUACCGUACCAAAAAGGUACAAAAGGAACCCUUAUGGUGCGAAUCUGUCCGUCCGUCUGUCUGUCACAUCGCUAAAUAUCUCGAGAACCACUUAAGCUAUCGAUUCGAAAUUUGGAAUAGUUAUGAACAACGCUAACCCAGACACAUUGAAAGUAUAAGUUUUUUUUUUUAUUAACUAUGGAAAAUGCCCAAUAUGAAGAGGGGGCAAAAUUUCAGUCUUGUGACAUUUUUUUUUCUUUUUUUUCCAUAGCGACUGCCUUAUCUCCGAAGAUUACCGAAGAAAAAUUAUGAAAUUUUUACAUUAUAUUAACAUUACUAUAAAUUUUACAGGAAAAAUAUAAUCAGACCUCUUAUCUUGGUAACUUUUUUUUAAUUAACAAAAAACCUUUCCGGAUUCAGUUUACAAUUUAACCAACUUUACGUGUGUAUAUUACACCUGAAAUUUCUAUGAGAUUACAUGAAAUACACCUUUUUUAAAAUAAAAGAUUAAUUUUUGAAAUCGCUUCACAUGAUAGAGAAUUAUCCUCGAAAAACCAACAUACGUGCAUUACAUAGCGCAAAUUAGUUAAACAAUUUGCCGUUAGAUGGCGCUGUACACAAUUAUAAUUAGUAUAGGUACUUCUGUUCAAAAGUCUUUCGCCUUUAUAGUUACACGAGAUAAUUCAAAGUUUGUACGGAACCCUCGGUGCGCGAGUAAAAGGAACUUGCACUUGACCGGUUUUUUUUUUCUAACUGACAGACCGACACCGGCCGGCUGACUGAUCUGAUCCAUAUAUUCAACCAAAUUCAACUUAAACAUGAAGAUGUCAUGGUUGCUAAAUAGAAAGUUUUACAUACGAAUGGUUACGCAUUUUAAUCAAUGAACUAGGUUUAAAUAUGUUUUCCUUCGUCUUUCUUUAUUGGCAUAAGUUAGUGUACGAUCUGGACUGGAACUUAAGUAGGUACUUACCCCGUUAUUCAUAAACGUGUACUAAAGUUACGAUGCCGCUAAUAAUCGUUUGUCCCUUUCCGUCAUACCAAUACGUCGGAAAGGGACAUACGAUUAUUUUAGGUUAGCGUUUUCACAUUGUCCGGUUCAAUAUCGGAUGUCGAAUAUGGCUACAAAGAAGCAAAAACUACCUUUUUAUAUAUUUUUUUAAUUUAAUUAUUUUUUAUUGCUCAAGAAAACAUGAAUGCAAAAAUAAAGGGACUUGAUGCCAUAGAACAUUCUCUAGAGACUGUUUCUCUCCACAGGUCAUCCGAUAUCGGAUCCGAAUUUUAAAACGCUCUUACCCUUACUGGCCACUAUUAACUGAAAGUAAACCUUAUUUCAACGGCAUCUGGGAGCCUACCGCGAAAACCGAAAUUCGCAAAUUGCGGGGAACUUUCUCUUUUACUCUCACUAAGACGUAAUUAGAGUGACAGAGAAAAAUGCCCGCAAUUGACGAAUUACGAUUUUCCCGGUAGCCGCCCUGAUCUACCAAUGUUCAGUUCAGUGUGUUAAUGGUUAGGAACAACCAUUCGAUGGAGGGUUAUAUUGUAUUUAGGAUCGGUGAUUUAACAUUUUUUAAUUAAAAUUUAGACUAAGAAUAAUGGACAUAAUGGUGCUUGAUAAAAUUAUAAGUACAACGACUGUUGUUUAUGUUUCUACUUUUUUUUUAUUAAAUCAAUGUUAUUAA